AUGUCAGUGUCUGAGCGUAAGGAUGUUGUCACUAAAUUUAAAUUAUGUUUCAACUGCUUGAAUUUUGGACAUCAAGUUGAAUCUUGCUAUUAUCCUGGAUGUCCACGUUGUAAAAAAAAACAUAAUUCAAGACUACAUGUUGACUCGAGCCAUAUGUCAAAACCCAAGAGCUCUACGCAAACUGAGACACAGACAACCAGUCAAGAUAAUGCAGUAUGCCAUGCAAUGACCAGCAACAAGCAUGCGCCAAGUACCACGUCCACUGUGAUGCUUGCUACUGCUGUAAUAAAUGUUCAUGACGCUGAUGGACGACCUCAACGCUGUAGAGCCAUUUUGGAUUCUGGAUCUCAACUUAACUUCAUAACGUCAACGCCUGCAUUUAAAGAAGACUAA